AUGCAUGGAGUAAAACGAACACGGCUCACUAAGGACACGCGCUUGCAGAAGAUUAAGAAAGACGCGGUGCGGAUCACAAGGUACCGCUCUCUCACUGACCGUGUGCUGGCCAAUAAGCAGAAUCAUGUUUACAAUGAUAAAACGCUAGCCCAGACAGAACAGCUGCUGGAUAUUAAUCCUGAAUUAUACACUGUAUGGAAUUAUAGGAGAGACAUUCUAUUAGAGCGGUUUAAAACAUGCGAUUCGGAUGCAAUUCAUGACAUAAUCAAGAACGAGCUGGCGUUGAGUGUUGAAUAUCUGAGACGGUUUCCCAAAUGCUACUGGAUUUGGAACCACCGAAAAUGGUGUUUGGAGUACGACUCCUUAACCAAUUGGGACGCCGAGAUGGCGAUGAUUGACACUUUUCUAAAAGCAGACUCACGGAAUUACCACGUGUGGCAAUAUCGACGGUACGUGGUGGACCGCAUGAAACUGGGGCAAACGAGCCAAGAGCAACUGGACACAGAUCUGCAAGAAUUCAAUUACACAACAAAAAUGAUCAACAGAGACAUCUCCAACUAUUCUGCGCUGCACAACCGGUCCCGGCUGGUGAAGAUGCUCUUCGAGAACUCCCCCGAGUCUGCAACAGUGUUCCAUACGAAAAAUAAAUAUGAGUUCCUUGUCCAGGAGCUCCAGAUGGUGAAAACGGCAUUCUAUACUGAUCCCGACGACUCCUCCGUGUGGAUAUAUCUUAAAUGGCUGCUUGGUGACUACUUUAUUGAUAGCAUCAGCAAGGAACAGGCCCAUCAGGUAGUGGAGACUGCGAUUGCCGACAUUAACGAAUUGAACGAGCUCGAGCUCGAGGACAACGGUGUGGACAACCAGUGGUGUUUGAAAUCGCUCGUUUUUCUUGAACAGCAGCUCCGGAAAAUCACAGGCGUGAUAACGGGGCAGAAAAAUGCUAUUCUAAAAAAACUCAUCGAGCAAGACCCUAUGCGAAUUAAAAGAUACGAAAAUUCCAUGGAUUGA